AUGCGAAGGGGAAGUGAUAGCGCGACAAAGGGUGUAGACGUCGUGCAUGGCGAAAUGCGAUGUGGAGCCGUCUGGUGGAGAAGUCGUCGGGGUGGGCUCUCUCGACUUGGAGGGCCUCGGCACGGAAAAGGGCCGAUGGGUGAUUCGUUAGCACGACUCAUUCACGUGUUCGCCGGUUUUAUUGGUCAGGCUGAGAGUCCUCACCUCUUAGCUGGCGGAUGGAUGACUGAAGAGAAGGAUAUGUUCACUAGGAAUGCCGUCGCACUCUGCAGCUUGAGUACUCAUUCAUCAUUUAUUCACCGCGUCUAUCUCGCCACACGCCAUCUAUCCUCUCACACAGCUUUCUAUCGCACACUACUGAACAUAUCAAAAACAUUACUGGAUUUAAAGAGGAAAUAUCAGGGUUUAAUUAUGUAUUACAGUCUAAUGUAUUCCCUAUCAUGGGACAGUCUCUGGAGAGAGUUGGAGGAGGGUAACAACUCUCUUCAACCAGGUCUAUCUCAAUUAGGGGUUAAGAGGAUCGGAUUGGACGGAGCUUUGGUGUCAUUGACUACAGUUCUGCCUUCUGCUCCGCCUUCGCUAGAGGGCCUCCGUCAGGCCUCCACUAUCUUUCCUGUAGCUCUCUCUUACCUUCUCACUUGCCUUCAUGAUAAGGUCACUGUAUUUAAAAUUCCAGCCCCACGAGGCUUUUCUUACUUCUUGUUGAAAUACUCCAUCUCGGAUUCACUCGCGACCUGGGAUUUGUCUACCUAUACCGGAUACACUCUAGAAAGUUACAAUGGUAUUUGCAAGCAGAUGUCUUUCCGCUCCACCAUUUUUGGGAACAUUGUUAAGGUAGGACUGAAAGUUGUCUGGGCCGUCUGCAUAUUUCCAGGAUAUGUGAUGUACGUGUUUAGCACCCCAGUUGCAUAG